AUGUGGGAGUUCGGCCAUCAGUCGGCCGGGUUCGUGGCCGCUCUUGCCCUCAUCGCCAUUCAAGUGGGCAUAGGUGUUUUGAUGAAGGUAGCCCAGAACGGUGGGAAAUACAGUUUCUCCGGGCCCGGAUCCAUCGCGAUAUCCGAAUUCCUCAAGCUUGCCAUAGCCCUCAGCCUAUAUUCCGUUCAACUACGCAGACGAAGAAGAUCCCAGCUCGGGUCAAGCGCAUACGUUUCAGUCCCGUCUUCGGAUUCGGUAACCUCGGAUGACGAUAAGUCUCCCGAGGAUGAACGAAGGUUCGCCGGAACCCUCAGGAGCUUGGCCCAGGAGAUCCCGUUUGAUGCACGUUGUGGGUUUUGGAACUUGGCCCUCUUCUAUGCUCUGAUCAACAAUACCAUCUUCAUUGCAUACGAAGUUGCCGAUCCGGGUACGAUUAGUCUCGUACGGUCCACCGUCACUGGCUUAACGGCUGCUCUGUCAGUUGUCUGUCUGAAAAAGAAGAUCUCGGAGGUUCAAUGGCUGGCAGUAGCGUUUCAGCUCUGUGGCCUGGCCGUCACGCAGUAUUCCACGAACUCUGGUGCCGUCUACAGCCUUCCAGUCUAUGCGUUACUCUUCUUCCAAGUAGUCUUGUCGGCUGCCUCGGGGAUAUUCAACGAGUCUCUGGUGAAGGACAAAGCAGCGUCUCUGCAUGCGCAGAAUGCCGUGUUGUACUUUGCAGGCUUCCUCGUCAACCUAACGAUACACUUCGCGACACGUCUGUUUAGCCCUGAAGAGCCUAAUCUCGUGACCGGAUACGGCGAUAUUCGAUCAAUCCUGGUCAUCGCCAGCAAUGUCCUUAUCGGACUAGCGAUCACGGCGGUAUACAAAUACGCAGAUGUCGUCAUCAAGUGUCUCGCGACAGGCAUCACGACGGCUUUAUUGGUGUACUUCUCGUCGCUUCUCUUUGGGCUACCCUUGACACCAGUUGCCAUCGUGGGUACCAUCAUUAUCUUCCUCUCGUCCUGGACUUAUAUGCGCGAACCUGUCAAGGGUGUCCUGGGGCCCACGCAAGGUUCGAUGCAGUCGCCGGCCUCGUUGACCCUUCACAAGAGCUUCUAUCAGAGAUAUUCCAACUAUGCUCCCAUUGCCUUCACCAUCUUCACGGUCUUGAUCUCGGUGCAGGCCAGGCUGUACGUAAACUACCUUGCCGCGGACAAGUCGUCCAAAGAGCCGGAGGAGGAUGCCGCGAUGAUACGUCUCGACUCGCCAUUCAACAGAACAUUGGGCUUCGUUCGCUGGAAUUCCCCUCACUAUGAACGUAUGCCACUGAUAGACAAAUACCGGCCCUUCUUCCACACCCUCCACUAUAGCGGGCCAGACAUCUCGGAUAGCGAUGACAUUGGUCAGGACUUGACUACCGAUGCCUUUACCGGGACCCAUGAGAUCUACCUACAGGUCGCCGAGACGAUGCAGAUGAUCUUGGACGGUGAGGCGUGGCCCGGCUUCCACCAAAACAGCACGAAACACGGAAACUCCACGAGCAAAUUGAACACCUCGGACAUAGAGGGCCUGCUCUACUACCACUUCGACGCAUGGGUGCACCCGUUCGACUUCGCAGGCGAGGACAUGACCAACAUGUGGUUCAACGACGUGUCGCGAUGGGCCAGCCCCAGUUUCGAAUGCAUGACCGAGAUCGAGCAGUCCGGCUGGCAACCUCUGCACGACGGACGGGCACUCCAUGUCCAGGCCCUAGCCACCGUGCAGAAGUUGGUAGCCGCCAACGCCCCCUACGUGAUCGACCCCCACGAGUUCUGCACCGGGUGGUCCGACUUCUACUACAUCCCCCGGACGCUUUUCGAGGACUACAUCUACCUGGCGCUCGCGUUCCACGAGCGGCGGACGUUCCACGAGGUCGUCAUCCCCACUAUCAUCCACAUCAUCGACCAGAGCCGGCGUCGCAUCCCUGGGCGCAGCAUCAUCAGCCGGUUCCCUGCGUGGGGCUCGUGCUGUGCGCCCGAGCAGCCGAGCGUCCGCGACGUCAUGUUCAACCGCAUGGGACACAGGAUGCACUACGAUUCUGAGGACCAGCUCCCGAUCGAGACAUUUUAUGCGAAACUCGACAGCGAUGGCGCGAUGGUCGGCAAGGAGAUUCUCGAGCCCCGUUGGGUCAAGGAGAAGGCCGCUCGGGGAGGCAACCGACGCGGUGCAAGUAAUGUGACGGUCAUCCAGGAGUCGAACGAGCGGGACCAGAAGAUUCCAGAGAGCGAGAAACAGGUACCAUUUUGGUGA